CACAACCUCACGAAACCACCGCCAUUCAGCAGGUCCAGCGAUGCGAUGGCCUUGGUCGCGUGGCGAAGAUGAUAAGAAAAUAACUAGCCCCACUUCAUGGGUGGAGACAGUAAAGACGAUGAAUUGGUUGUCUAUGUUCACGGAACCUCGAACCCUCAUACCAUCUCUCAUCUUCACGGUUUCAACAGUUACCGGAAUCCGCUUGUACAAGUCAUAUCUACGACGAAUUCCAAGUGUCAACCAUAUAAAACCAGACUAUUUCCGGCGAAGAAGUCUGUUCGGCCGUGUUACAGCCGUUGGAGAUGCCGACAACUUCAGGCUGUUCCACACACCUGGAGGAAGGAUGGCUGGAUGGGGGUGGCUACCAUGGAAGAGAGUGCCUACCGCAAGAGAGUUUUUAGUGAAUAAAACGAUACACAUACGAAUUGCCGGCGUCGAUGCUCCGGAGCUGGCUCACUGGGGACGAGAAGCCCAACCAUAUUCCAAAGAGGCGCUUGACUGGCUUUCGGAAUACAUACUCAAUCGGCGAGUUCGAGCAUACAUCUACAGGCGUGACCAGUACGGCCGAGUGGUAGCACAAGUCUUUGUGCGAAAGUGGUUUUUGAAGAAGGACGUCGGGCUAGAAAUGCUCAGAAUGGGUCUAGGAACUGUGUAUGAAGCGAAAACUGGAUCUGAAUUUGGAGAUUUUGAGCAAAGGUACCGGGACGCUGAGAAGAAGGCAAGGGAAGACAAAGUAGGUAUGUGGACGAAACCCACCAUCUUGGGACGAUUGCGAGGGGAGCAACCGAAGGCGGUCGAAAGCCCAAGAGACUACAAGACUCGCCAUACAGCAGCAGAGAAGCAGAAGAAAGCAGGAUGAAUUGACAAUUCGCUCAAGCACCACACAGACUGCGCAGCCCACAGAGGGGGGGGUCCGGGAACUCGUGCACCUGUUCACAUGCUGGACCAGACACUGAUUGGAUGCUGAGAAUGCCAUCUGCAGCCAGUGGAG